AUGGUUGCCAACGAACCUCACCUCUGCUUCCGAUCUUUUGUUGAGGCUCUCAAGGCUGACAAUGAUUUGGUCGAGAUCAACGAUCCCGUUGAUCCCUAUCUUGAAGCCGCUGCCAUCACCCGUCUUGUCUGUGAGACCGACGACAAGGCUCCCCUUUUCAACAAUGUAAUCGGGGCACAGAAUGGCCUGUUCCGUAUUCUUGGUGCCCCUGGCUCCCUCCGAAAAUCCCCCAAUGAGCGCUAUGGCCGACUUGCCCGUCACCUGGCUCUGCCACCCACCGCAUCGAUGAAGGAUAUCCUCGACAAAAUGCUGUCCGCCAGCGAAAUGCCUCCAAUUCCGCCUCAAAUCGUCCCCACUGGUCCCUGCAAGGAGAACUAUUUGGAGGAGAGUCAGAUUGACUUAACCAAACUUCCCGCCCCUCAAAUUCACCUUGCUGAUGGAGGCAAAUACAUUCAGACCUACGGAAUGCACAUCGUCCAGUCCCCCGAUGGGUCGUGGACCAAUUGGUCAAUUGCCCGCGCUAUGGUCUCAGAUGACAAGCAUCUGACCGGUCUGGUUAUCGAGCCGCAACACAUUUGGCAGAUCCACCAAAUGUGGAAGAAGGAAGGCCGGGACGUGCCUUGGGCUCUGGCUUUCGGUGUUCCUCCUGCCGCGAUCAUGGCAUCCAGCAUGCCAAUUCCAGAUGGUGUCACAGAGGCUGGUUAUGUCGGUGCCAUGACCGGAUCCGCCCUAGAACUGGUUAAGUGCGACACCAAUAACCUUUAUGUGCCCGCUACUUCCGAAAUUGUCUUCGAAGGCACCUUGUCAAUCACUGACAAGGGACCGGAGGGACCUUUCGGAGAAAUGCAUGGAUACGUUUUCCCUGGUGACACUCACUUAUGGCCGAUGUACAAGGUGGACCGCAUUACCUAUCGUGAUGAUCCUAUCCUACCUAUGUCAUCCUGUGGUAGGCUAACUGAUGAGACUCAUACCAUGAUUGGCGCCUUGGCUGCUGCAGAGAUUCGUAAAGUUUGCCAGAAGAGGGGUCUCCCUGUUACCGAUGCAUUCGCGCCAUUUGAAUCCCAGGUCACCUGGGUUGCUCUUAAGGUAGACACUGCUCGCCUUCGGGAGAUGAAGACCAAUUCAAAGGAGUUCUCCAAGAAGGUUGGAGAUGUGGUCUUCAACCACAAGGCCGGGUACACCAUCCAUCGUCUGGUUCUGGUAGGUGAUGACAUUGAUGUCUACAACGGCAAAGAUGUCAUGUGGGCCUUCUCUACCCGCUGCCGCCCCAACUUUGAUGAGACAUUCUUCGAGGAUGUACGAGGCUUCCCACUUAUCCCGUACAUGUCCCAUGGCAAUGGAUCACCCACUAUGGGUGGUAAGGUAGUCUCAGAUGCACUCAUGCCGUCUGAAUAUACGACUGGUCAGGAUUGGGUCGCUGCAGACUUCAAGAACUCAUACCCCGAGGAGCUCCAGAAGAAGGUUUUGGAGAACUGGACUAGAAUGGGCUUCCGGGACGAGUAA